AUGUCACUUAAGGCUGUCCAUCAAGAGUUACUUGAAGUGACUGCUUCAAGUAAUGCAGGCGACGAUGAAUGGCUCAAAAAUGCAACAAACUUGUCGGAUAGAGCUUUCUCCCUCUUAGAAUUAAAUAGUACCAAUAUCAAAGCUAAUUGGAAGGGUUCAAAGCUGCAGAAUGAACCUUCUGGCGCCAAAACCAUCGCCGCCACAUUGGCACAGUCGAUUGUUAGCAAGUAUGCGGAAACAAGUCAAUCGCAGGGCAGUCAAGCUAGAAAUUCCGAGAAUAUUACGUAUGAAGUAAAUGUUCCCUCUUUCUUGCCUGUGUUCGCACGCUUGUUCUCUUUGAGGCCAGACUCGGUGCAAAUGCAAACUAUUUUUGUGAAAACAGUGUUGUUGCAUUUCUUUGAUCCUAUAUUGUACUCAAUUUUGUGCAAAGAGUUGAUCCACCCAGUAUCCUCUGAUGGAAGUUCUUCGAAAGAAUAUGCUUCUACGUUGCCUGAAUGGUGGCCACAGCUCCAAGAGUCGUUGGUGGCCAAACAGAUUCAGAUGCAAAACCCGAUGGAGUAUGCUUCCCACAUGGAUGUGAAUUCUCCCGUCCAAGUUUACUUGCUCAUGAAGGUGUUUUAUUCGGUGUCAUCUCAAUUGCAGGUAUUAGACGCCCGUGCUGCCAACACUACUACGGCAGCACUCAAUUCGAUUCUUCAACUUACACUUGGAAGCAAAGCUCAGAAGGAUGCAGUCAUUUUGGUUCUUUCUCAGAGAAAGGAAGCUGUUGAGCAAAUUUACUCUUUGGCAACUCUGAACGGUUCUGGGCCGAUGAAGAAACAGUCCAAUCUCAUCAUGGAAGUUGUUUGCAAUCGCCAAACUACUGUGUCAGUCUUGGCGACAUUGCAUAAUUUGCCCGGCGCUCAGCGUAUGCUCAGUUUAUUCUUCCAGAAGCAGAAACCAGCUUUUGAACUCGUCGCCAAGCAUCCUUUCAAGUUCAUUCUUGACCUUUUUGACCAAUCGAGUGAAUCAAAUGACUUGAAGGUUGCCACUGUUUUGACUUAUGUCUUUAUCCUGAGUCAAAAGGUCUCAAUGCUCAACUGUGAGCCAAGCCAUUUGGCGGUGUACGAGAAUUUUAACAAGCAGUCAAGAGUACGUUCUCUUUUUGUUGUGUUGAGUUCAUUUGAGAUUGCGAUCUCGAAGUUUAGGGCUCAGUUGAUUGGCGACAGUUCGGCGGGCGCCAUUCUUGUUCAUUUGGAGGAAGAGUUCGGUUCUUCUCUUCCACCCUUUGCGAAGCCUAAUUACUUCUUCAUUGACGAGAACACCUCAAACAGUCCUUCAAAUUCCAAUGCGGUUGACACGGCUUCUUUUAUUGGAGAUUUGAACAUCAGUACUCGCUUGGUUUUGCAAUGUAUCAAUUCGACGGCUCAAAAGGAAUUUGAACAAAUUAUGAAUGUUACUUUAGAUCAGAAGCUCAGGGAGAAGGUUGUUUCAAGAAACUUUGAAUAUUUUCUUGCUCUGAUGCUUUCGAUCCUUCUUACCAAUUCUGAAAUUGGUGAGCCUGGCAGUGGCACAGUUGAAUACAAGCAAAUCAUCUCGCUGAUCUCUGUGACUAUAUUUGAGACCUGCCGUGACUACACUGCGGUCUUGCUGGUCACCUUGUUCAACUUUGUGAAUGAUGUGUGUCAUCUUCACACAACAGCUAUCAACUCACUGAUUGAAUUGCUCAAUAUCGUCAUCAACAGCAAUGACUUGAGUGAGCAUCAAUCUCUAGUUGAUAGCGCUAUUAGCUUAUUUGAGGCAACAUUUGGGACACCUGUCGACGGUCUGCCCAAAUCGUUCAAGAACGUCACCAUUCCAAAGUCUGAAUAUGCCUUUCUCUACAAUGAGGGUAGAAUUGGCAAAGUUUAG